CGUGCUGGGUCGGGCUGGUCCCGGCUCUCUGGCCAGGAUCCGCGCAGCACGCGGCUCGCCUACUAGGCCCCUUGAGGUGCUGGAGCCUGGAUGCUCUGCCCAGCAGGAACAGGGAGACGGGGACAAAUGGCUUCCUCUCGGCUCAGCCCAUAGGCGCGUUCAUUUCAGAAUGGCUGUGGAGGAACUUCAGAGCAUAAUAAAAAGAUGCCAAAUCCUAGAGGAGCAUGAUUUUAAAGAAGAGGAUUUUGGCCUCUUCCAGUUAGCAGGCCAAAGAUGCAUCGAGGACGGGCAUGUAGACCAGCUGCUGGAAAUUAUUCAAGACGAAAAGAACAAGACCGUCAUCAAGUCCAUGGGCUGGAAUCUUGUUGGUCCUGUUGUCCGCUGCCUCCUGAGGAACGGGGAAGAGGAUGAAAGGAAGGACUGUCUGCUGGUGUUUGACUUACUAGUGAAGUUAUGUAACCCAAAGGAAUUGUUGUUGGGUUUGCUUGAACUCAUUGAAGAGCCCUCUGGAAAACAGAUUUCCCAAACUAUUCUUCUUUUACUUCAACCACUACAGACAGUUAUUCAGAAGCUCCCCAACAAGGUGUACUCAGUUGGAUUGGCAUUAUCCACUCUUUGGAGUCAACUGUCUCUUCUUCCUGUGCCGUACUCUAAGGAACAAAUACAGACAGAUGAUUAUGGCCUUUGUCAGUGCUGCAAGGCCUUAACAGAGUUCAUGAGACCUUUUGUGGAAGAAGCGACUGAUAACAAAGAAAACAAGGAAAAUGAAAAGUUAAAAGAUGAAUUACUAAAAUUCUGUUGCAAGUGCUUGAAGUGCCCUUUGCUGACAGCGCAAUUCCUUGAACAGUCUGAAGAAGUUGGAAAGGACCCUUUUUGGAGUUUUGCAUCUGAAAUAAUAGGAUUUUUAUCAGAAAUUGGACACCCUGUCCCCCAAAUUAUUCUUAAUCAUGGAAGGAAAAAAAGGACAUGGGGUUGCCUUGAGUUGGAGGAAGAAGAAGACAGACAGUUGGCAGACUCUGUGGCCUCUCUGACAUACCUAGUGUUUGUUCAGGGCAUCGGUAUUGAUCAGCUUCCAAUGGUCUUAAGCCCAUUGCACCUUUUGCAGCUGAACAUGGAACACAUCGAAGUACUUCUGCAAAGAACAGAACAGUCUAUUUUCUCAAAAGGAUUGGAACUUCUGGAGAAUAGCUUACUGAGAUUAGAAGACAACAGCCUACUCCAUCGGUACUUAGAAAUCAAAAGUUUUCUCGCUGUGCCUCAGGGCUUAGUCAAAGUCAUGACACUUUGCCCCGUUGAGACAUUGAGGAAAAAGGGCUUGGCUUUGCUCCAGCUGUACAUCGACAAGUUGGAUUCACAAGGCAAACACACAUUAUUUAGGUGCUUAUUAAAUACAAGUAAUCACUCCGGUGUGGAAGGCUUCGUAAUUCAAAAUAUCAAAAAUCAGAUUGAUGCAUCAUUUAAGAAAACAUCUAACAAAUGGUUUGCAGGCCCUCAACUGAUUUCGCUGUUGGACUUGGUACUGUUCCUCCCCGAGGGUGCUGAAACAGACUUACUGCAGAACUCAGAUAGGAUUAUGGCUUCAUUAAAUUUAUUGAGGUAUUUGGUUAUCAAAGAUAAUGAAAAUGACAAUCAAACUGGAUUAUGGACAGAACUUGGAAAGAUUGAAAAUAAUUUUUUAAAGCCACUUCAUAUAGGACUUAAUAUGUCAAAAGCACAUUAUGAAGCAGAAAUUAAAAACAGCCAACGAAACAGCCAAGCAGCCUCGACGUGCAAAGGCGUCUGCUCUGUGACUGUAGGUGGAGAAGAAAUCCCUGCUAUGCCUCCUGAAAUGCAACUUCAGGUCCUGCAUUCAGCUCUUUUCACAUUUGACUUGAUUGAAAGUGUUCUAGCUCGAGUAGAAGAACUCAUUGAAAUCAAAACAAAGUCUACCUCUGAAGAAAAUGUUGGAAUAAAGUAAAAAUUCUGCUUCAUAAAUAAAUAUCAAUAAGAUGAUG